AUAGGUUUUAAUGGGGUUCUUCUGUAGACGUACUACAGGUUAGCAUUCUCCGUUUUUAUAUUGCUCGAAUUUCCACACUAAAUUAUUAGAUUCAAGUAUAUAUUUCAAGAGAAUGGAAUAGAGGUACAACGUCAGGUUGAGGGAUGCACCUAUGACGAUGAUACCACGUGACUGCCUACACACAUGGAAGUUGUCAGUGAUUCUGGUAGCUACAUCUCACUUGGUCACUGCUUUACCACCCGUCAUCAGGAUAGGUGCGAUAUUCACACAAGACCAGAAAGACAGCAGCACAGAGUUAGCGUUCAAAUAUGCUGUCUACAGACUGAACAAAGACAAAGAACUACUUCCCAACACCACGCUUGUGUACGACAUUCAGUACGUCCCGAGAGAUGACAGCUUCAGAACUUCCAAGAAAGCCUGCAAGCAGAUGGAGUUCGGUAUCCAAGCACUGUUUGGCCCCAGCGACCCUCUGCUAGGCGCUCACAUCCAGUCCAUCUGUGAGGCACUGGACAUCCCCCACGUGGAGGCCAGGAUAGACUUUGAGCCAGCCUUCAAGGAGUUUUCUAUCAACCUUCAUCCAUCACAGGAACACAUGAACCACGCCUUCAAAGACGUCAUGACAUUCCUCAACUGGACCAAAGUCGCCAUCAUUUAUGAGGAGGAUUACGCCAGUAUCGUGAACACUAAAGUGUGUUCAGGCCUGUUCAAGCUGCAGGACCUUGUAAAGGCUCCGCCAGCCACCAGGACAGAGAUGUACAUCAGACAAGCCAACCCGGCCACCUACCGUCAGGUCCUGCGGGAGAUCCGCCAGAAGGAGAUCUUCAAACUCAUCGUUGACACUAAUCCUAAGCACAUGAGCCAGUUCUUCCGAGCUAUACUCCAGUUACAAAUGAAUGACUACAGAUACCACUACAUGUUCACUACUUUUGACAUCGAGACAUUUGAUUUAGAAGACUUUAAGUACAACUCCGUUAACAUUACUGCGUUUCGAUUGGUUGACGUGGAGAACGCAAAAGUAGCAGAGACAUUGGAGCAGAUGGAGAGGUUCCAACCAAUUGGCCAUGCGAUCCUCAACCGAAGCGGGGUCAUCCAGGCCGAGCCGGCGUUGAUGUACGACUCUGUGCACGUGUUUGCCAAGGGUCUAGCAGCUUUAGACCGCAGCCACGUCCUCAGACCAGCCAACCUCUCUUGUGAGCUUGAGCAGCCCUGGGACGAUGGUCUGAGCCUAUACAACUACAUUAGCUCUGCGGUGGUGAAUGGCCUCACCGGGAGAAUUGAGUUCAACGAAGGGAAACGGAGUAACUUCAAACUGGAUCUCUUAAAACUUAAGAAAGAGGAGCUCCGGAAAGUCGGUCAUUGGACGCCCGCAGAGGGAAUAAACAUCACUGACUCGACGGCGUUUUAUGAGAGUAGUGCGACCAACAUCACUUUAGUCGUCAUGACGAGAGAGGAAAAGCCGUAUGUAAUGGUAAAGGAAGAUAAGAACCUCACAGGCAACGCGAGGUUCGAAGGGUUCUGUAUAGACUUGCUCAAGUGGAUUGCCACUCAGGUGGGGUUCCACUACGCCAUUAGACUGGUGCCAGACCACAUGUAUGGCGUGUACGACCCUGACUCCAAGGAGUGGAACGGCAUCGUGCGAGAGCUAAUGGAGAAGAGAGCGGACUUGGCAGUGGCGUCGAUGACGAUAAAUUAUGCGAGGGAGAGUGUGAUUGAUUUCACUAAACCAUUCAUGAACUUGGGUAUUGGGAUCCUCUUCAAGGCGUCAGAGAGCAUGCCCAACCGUCUGUUCUCCUUCAUGAACCCACUGGCGGUGGAGAUCUGGUUCUAUAUGCUGGGUGCGUACGUGUUGGUAUCACUAACUAUAUGGGUAGUGGCAAGGUUCUCACCUUACGAGUGGUAUUCACCAACCGUAUGUGACGAGUGUGCGCUGUGGGAACUGGAGCACGGGCAGGAAAUGGUAUGUGAGCACGACUUAGUGCAUGGUCAUGGCUACGACCAUGUAAGUGACCACGACCAUGACUACGACCAUCUUGACCACGACCAUGACCAUCACGAUCACCAUAACCACCACGGACACGACCACGACCACCAUCACGAGGACGAGGACCAGAUAGUAGCCUCUCUACUGGUUGUGGAGAAUGACUUCACUUUGGCGAACAGUUUCUGGUUCACAAUCGGCACCCUAAUGCAACAAGGCUCCGACCUCAACCCAAAGGCGACAUCUACACGUAUCGUGGGAGGUAUCUGGUGGUUCUUCACUCUGAUCAUCAUCUCGUCCUACACCGCUAAUCUGGCAGCCUUCCUCACAGUAGAGAGGAUGAUCACCCCCAUAGAGAACGCUGCAGAUCUCUCGGAGCAGACUGAGAUCUCCUACGGGACUCUAGAGGGUGGCUCCACCAUGACCUUCUUUAGGGAUUCCAAGAUCGGGAUCUACCAGAAGAUGUGGAGAUAUAUGGAGAGCAAGAGACCGUCAGUGUUUGUCUCGUCAUACGAGGAGGGAGUCAAGAGAGUUCUGGAGGGAAACUACGCGUUCCUCAUGGAGUCCACGAUGCUGGACUACGCGGUACAACGAGACUGUAACCUUACACAGAUAGGCGGGCUGCUAGACUCCAAAGGCUACGGCAUCGCCACGCCUAAAGGUUCUCCAUGGAGAGACAAGAUAUCGCUUGCCAUUCUCGAGCUGCAGGAGAAGGGAGUUAUACAGAUCUUGUACGACAAGUGGUGGAAGAACACGGGUGACGUUUGUAACAGAGAUGACAAGAACAAGGAGUCAAAAGCGAACGCCCUCGGGGUGGAGAAUAUCGGUGGCGUUUUUGUAGUCCUUCUUUGUGGCCUUGCACUUGCUAUAUUAGUGGCAAUCCUUGAAUUUUGCUGGAAUUCAAAGAAGAACGCCCAAACAGACCGGCAAUCUCUAUGUUCUGAGAUGGCUGAGGAGUUGAGGUUCGCAGUACGUUGUCACGGGUCUAGGCAACGUCCAGCUCUAAAGCGUAGCUGUACUCGCUGUUCACCUGGAACAACCUACGUCCCAGCAGCAUUGGAGCUUCCUCACAUCAACGGGGAGACGGCCAUACUUCCUAUGAUUGAAAUGAAGAAGUCGUCGCUCUGCUACGACCCCGAUACCUAGCCCUCGCUUCAGGGCCUCUACGGGGGCCCAUCCAUCCAACUGUAGCGAUCGUAGCUUUUGUAAAAUACCACUUGUUUUAUAUUUUUGUAAAAAGCGUAAAAACAUGACUAAAUAGAGUAUUUACUACCAAAUGUAAGGCAUGUUAACUGUGAGGUGUUGUAAUAAAACUACAAUGCUGAUAAUCAAUUAAACAUUUUACUAAUGAUUACUUGAUUACAAAAGUUCAUUUAUAUAAGUAUGAAAAAACGUGAAUUAUAAUCAGAUAGACAUCUGCUAGAAACUGUCUAAAAGGCCUAAUACUCAUACACGCUUAAACUAAAAUUAAAUUAGAGCAACGUAAUAUUCAGUUUAUAAUUUCAGAUAUAAUGUGUUUUCUAUAAAAAAAAAGAGUAAUUAGUGGUGGUAUAUGAGGCGUUCUUUCGCAUUAGGAUGUAAAGUGUAGGCAUUUAAGGCCUUUAUGAGAGAACAGGGAACUAUGAUGUGAAGUUGAAUGUUAUUAAAUAGUUUAUUCUGUGUGAAAAUAAGUAAUACGAAUUAUGGUAUUGUUUAUACAUACUGUUUAAAGUGGACCACACUUAUAUAUUGGAACGUAAAAUUUCUAAAUAUAUUCAUGAUGUCAAUUACAGAAAGAUAUAUGCCAAAUAUGAGUAAAUUUUAUUUUGAUGACCAUACAUACCAAAUAAUAAUUUACAUAGAAAGAAGUAAGCUAUAGUUUUUGGUUUUGAUAGUUUGUUACAUGUGUUAUAAUUCCUUACUAUAAUCCUAUAGCUACAGUUAUGAAAAUAAAUAGCUUACUAUUUCUGAUUUUAAUCAAGUUAAGUAAUGUGUAUUUAAAUCUCACUGAAGAAUUAUUCUAAUUGUAAAUAUAAUGUUUCUGUAUAAUAUAUUAUAUAAUUAAGUUUUCAGUAAAACGCAAAUUCAAAUACACUAAAAUGAUUGUAACACUCUAGGAUAAUUAGACCUUGUUUAGUAUAUUUUACCUAAUAAAGAUACAAAUGUGAUUUAUAGAACUUUUAAGUGCCUACUGUUAUAAUGAUUAGGGGGUUUUAAUGUAGUCAUUGUAAAUUGUAUACAAACACACUCACCCACGCCGUGGUAAUUUAAGAAUGUUUAUAUAUAGGGGUUUAUAUAAUUUUAAUUGUAGUGUAAAUUAGUGUUUAAUAAAUUAUUCAAAAAUCUUAAAAUACUAUAAAAUAUAAAAAAAAAAAAUGUUUUUUUUUAUAAGAACAUGUUACUGAGCAUAUAAACAUUUAUGUUAGUAGCCUAUAAGCAAAAUAUUUUGCUCUGUAACUGCCCAAAUUAGAAUACAAAAUGAAAUCAAUUUAAAACUCAGAUUGGGUUUAUGAAUUAUCUAAUCGGGAAGGAAUUUUAAGUAAUAAAUUACCUCAAAACAGUUAUUUCUUCAGACCAGCGAAAAAGUGUAAAUUACAAAUAUUACAACUGUUCAAAAAUGUUACAUCGUAAUAUUAUCACAUACAACAAAGUUUUGAUUAUUUUACAGAAUAAUUCGUUUAACUUUUAGUCUUAUGACAUUCAAGAUUUGAUUUGAGUAAUUAAGAAGUUCCUGGAUGUCUGUAAAUAAUUUAAGGACACAAUUUUUAAUUAAGAAACAUUUUAAUAAGUGAAUUGUUGUAAUUUUUCUUAUUGAUAUUAGAUUAUAGUUAACAUACGUUUUAGCUCAUAAAAAUUCAAAAUUUUGUUCUAUUUAUGGUUUGUCUCAGUUAAAGAAAAGGUGGUACAAUAUGUAUUUUGGAAUUUGCUUUGAAAAGGUUUUUAAUAUUGAAACUGAAAGUUCACCUAAUAUCAAAUUUAACUAUUUUCCAUCAGCUGACAUGUUGUCAAGGGUAAAAUAAACUUUUAACUGUAGCAAAGACAAUUAAUUCUUCUCACAUGCAGUUGAUUAAAUUUUAUGUAUAAAAAAUCAGUUUUGAUAAUUUUUUGUUUUUUUGCAGUGGGGGUAGUUUUUAUACACACGUAUUGUGAUGCCCACUCAAUGUAUUGAUUGUGGUGGUUGUUAAUA